AUGGUACCUGGGCCAGGAUGCAGGACUAGUUACCGCUCUUCUUUACUCACAGGAAACAUGGUUCCAAAGCUUCUGGUUUCCCGACUUUGGUUUCUACUGCUGCUGCUGCGGAUUGUGGAAAUGAGUGUCUCAUUUGAGGACCCACCAGGAUUAACCCCUGCUCAGUGGUUUGAAAUUCAGCACGUAAAUAUGGCCGGCUCCCACUGUGAUGAUGCGAUGCAGGUAGUUAACAGUUACAUAGGGCAGUGCAAAGCCAAGAAUACUUUUCUAAAGGCCACUUUUGCUGAUGUUGUUCAAGUGUGUGGAGCUCCGAAUAUAACCUGUCUUACAAGCCCCAGUACAAAUUGUCAUAAAAGUUCAGUUCAGGUGCCUUUAACCAUCUGUAGCAUCACAAAAAGGAAAUCGAGCUAUGGAAACUGCAAAUACACAGAUGCAUCAGCAACAAAGUUCUACAUAGUUGCUUGUGACAAGAGAUCUCCACGAGACAACACCACCUAUCCUAUAGUUCCGGUUCACUUGGAUGGGAUAUGUUAG